CAGGGACCCCACGGUCAGGGCUGGAUGAACCCAACGAGCAAACAUGGCCAGAGUGCAAGAUGGAGCCAGUAAUAGAGUCCGUAUUCUCUCUUCUUCAGGAGCCUGGGAAGAGUGAUAUCGCAGGAUAUACAGGGAACUGCAUUUUGAGUGACAAUGAGGAAGAGAGAGGCAUCCCAGAAGACCUUAAGCAAGAUGUACUGCCUCAGCUACCUGAAGCCUACAGCCCAGACAGGGGGGCAGCCAGUCGGCAAAGGCAGCAGAGGGCAGCCUGUAAUAAACCCCCUCAACAAAAAAGAGGCUGCAAGAAACUCGCCCUCAUUGCUGAUGGCCAGAAACCGCACACAGAAGAGAAACCCUACAAGUGUGCAGACUGCGGGAAGGGCUUUAAGGGACGCUCCAGGCUUCUGAACCACCUGCAAACCCACAUGAGAGAAAAAAUGUUUGAGUGUGUAGAAUGUGGGAAGAGCUUUAGCAGGAAGGCCAACCUGGUGAUGCACCAGAGAAUCCAUACAGGGGAGAGGCCCUACAAGUGCAAGGAAUGUGAGAAAACCUUUAGCCGUACCUCAAACCUUAUCGCUCACCGCAAAACCCAUGUGAAAAAGAAAGCCUUUUCCUGCACCACGUGCAGGAAAAGCUUCAGUGGAAGCGCAGCUCUCUUCCAGCAUCAGAGAGUCCAUAUAGAUGAGAAGCCCUAUAGGUGUACCGAGUGUGGAAAUAGCUUCCUUCUGUGCUCAAACUUCAUCAAGCAUCCACGGAUUCAUUUGAGAGAGAGACUCAGUGAACACACAGCAGAUGCAAACCAUUCUGAAUUUACAUCUCUGCAUCAUAAAGAAGAGCAAAGGUGUGGUGCAGGGACACGUGAGAUGGAUCACUCGAAUCUUGUUUUUGAAGAGUUGAAGAAAAUGAGGGAAAAUAUGGAUAUGCUUCUUCUGAAUCAGCAAAGUCAGCUGCAGGUCCUGCAAGAAAUUCAGAAACAACUGAAUAUACUCCUCCCAGGCAAUGAUCUCAUUAAUUCAAACGUCUAUAGUUUAGGACUUCUGCUAGGACGGCAGGCAGCUGCAGCAGCGUCUCUUUCUUUUCCCCUUCUUAAUCCCAGCAGCCUCCUCCCUGAAAAUAGCAGUCUCUUAUCCCGGUCAUCUGCUCCUGGAAUUCUGCCUACCACUCACCUCCCAGUCUCUCCAUAUCCUGCAGCUUCUACAACUUGAUCAUCUUUGUGCUGUGAAUGUAUCUAAUGUAAACAAAUGCGACUACUGUUUUGUACUGUUUUCUCACUCAAACAUGUGAUCUCUAUGUUGUAAUGUUGAAAUUGUAGUACCUGUGAAGAUGCUGACCAUACACUCAGACUUGGAAAGAUACGUGUCUCAGAUGCAUCAGCAAACAGCAGUUGAUCAAAUCCAGUGCCCAUUCAUUUGUUGCAGCAUGCAGAUGUUUUGGCCAGUAAUGUAUUUUGUAGAGGCAGCUCAAGAGAUCUUUAUCACAGGAGUGUAGUUAAGUGCAACAUCCAUAUAUAAGAUAAUGCAUAAAACUUAAGCAUAUUUUUCUACCUGGUGUGUCUUUAAUAUGUACUUGGGCAAUUGGACCUCUCCUAAUGAGGUGAAGCUAAUGAUAAAAUCAUCAGGGAUGCUUUCAGCAACUCCUAUUAAGUCCGAUUUAUAUAGAGGUAAGCAACAUGCUUAUGUAAAGGUGUUCAAUUUAACUGCACCUCUAUUCCCAGCAUCCAUUUGCAAAAGCUUCCUUCAUUCAAGAAGGCUUUAAAUCAGGUGACCUUAGCUGAUUCUUAGGCCGCAUCACUACUAAAACUACAAAAAACAUUUUCCAUUUUUUGUUUAAAACAAGCAACUCCCGCCGUCCCGCCCCAAGCCCCAACAAAAUACCACCAUUCAGGUCUACCUUGCUUACUAAGAGUUUAUGAGGAAAAGCCAAAUUGGUUUAUAGGACACUUGUUCUUUUCUUCAAAGGUGAACUCACUUGAGUCUGUUUUUUAGAUAUUCUGUCAUAUCCUAUUUGGAUUAUUACAUGUUGUUGACUGUUACAUAUUAGUUCAUUGGGGGUAGGACUGGGGUAAAUAAUUACUGUUUGGGGAGGAACACUGAGAAGCUCAGGUGCACCAUCUUGCGAAGUCUGCGGGAGGAAAAAUUCUGCCCCCGCCCCCCCCCGUUCCUGCAGGACUCUGACAUGGGACCUUUUAAGGCUAGUAAGUGCAGAGUUUUAAGAAGUGUUAGUCCUUUCUACCUCCCUGUUUCUAUCAGUGACACAGGUUAGUAUCAGUGUCAUAGCCUUUAAGCUUCAAAAGUGCAAAAAAGCUAACUAUGAUUUACCUUUGAAGAGCUGCUGGGAUAAAGAAACUUUGGGGCUUGUGCCUGUGCCAGACAGUCUUUCUCUUGAACUGACGUUGUGUUUGUGGGUUGUUGGUUUUGUGGGGGUUUUUUUUAUGAUGUCUUGUUAAAAGGAUGCACUGUUAGUAAGUAAUAAAAUAUGAUUUAGAUUUUAAGAAUGGGAAACACCACUUCUCUUAACAAGUUGUCUUGUUGGUGACAGUGCAGUGAUGUCAGAUUCUGGUCCGAAGGUAAAACUCCGUGGGAUCAGGUAUGACUCUCUUUCUGUGUGUGUGAAUACAGACUGUGAAAAUCACACACUGGUUCUUAUUACGUAGGAUUUUGUAUUAGUCUUAACUCAGUAGGAUACUCAUUUAAGCCAAAUUGGGAGGCCUUAAAGGGCAUUCCUUCAAUGUGAACUUGUACUGAAAUGUUUGGGGUUUGUUUUCCAUCAGUUGAGCAUAUUGGAGUUGUGUGGCUCUAGACUUAAGAAGUCCGAUAAGAGUUGCUAACAUUCUAAUGAAACUGGGGUACUAUUCAUAAUUUCUUGGAUGUUUAAUUUCAUUUUGCUUAGAAACAGAAUCCUCUCUUCAAAGCAAUGGUUAAAGUUUGUAUUUUAGUGUGUUUUUAAGAUGUUCAAUAUUAAAAAGUUGCAUUUUUGUUAGAAACAAAUCUU